AUUUUUUUAUUAGUAUUAAGCUGUUAUAACGUAUUUCAUAUAAUCGUCACAAUGACAAAAAGAAGUAACCCUUUCAUUGAAGAUUUUGUGCCGCAAAGCAAAGUUCAUGUUGGAAUGAAGCAGUUUAACAACAACAAUAUUAGACUGCAAUCAGUUUACGAAAAAACGUUAGAGUUACUUUUCACGGGUGCUAAGAAGAGUACUGUUCAGAAUGUUAUAGAUAACUCCAAUACAACCGCUUCGCAUAAAAGAGACAACUUGAAACAGCUGUUCAUAGGGAAGGAUGGCACUCUUUUACAUUGCGGCACAAUUACAUCAUGCGAAGCCACAUUAAUCCAGUGUGCCUGUGGUAGCGGCAAGGAGACUUCUUGUGGGUACUGUGAAAAGCCGCUCUGCAGUAAGUGCCAGCAUCUCUGUGCUUCGUGUGACGCGUGCUAUUGUUCACACUGCUCGUUGCCUGGGUACGAAGGUGCAGAGUUAUGUGUAUCCUGUUACAAUUAGUUAAUUAUUACCAUAGAUAAGAAAAUUUAUAGUUUUAACCUGUUGAUGUUGCUGCUACAAAUGUUUAAAGACUGUUUCAUAAUUUAAGUUAAUACUUAAGGAAUAUAAAUUAAACA